AUGAGUAUAUGUCCCGAAAAAGGCUUAGCAGCGCAAGACUACAAAUGCGCAGAGUGCCAAACUGCAUUAACCUUCAAGGACAUGUGGAAUGAACCACGGCUAUGUGACUAUACAGGCUUGUAUUUCUGUGCUACAUGCCACUGGAAUGAUUUAUCUGCAAUACCUGCGCGAGUGAUACAUAAUUGGGAUUGGGAAAAACGGUAUGUCUCUCGAAUAGCAUACCAAAUGCUGAACUUAUCGUGGUCCAGACCAUAUAUUGACGUAGAGAAGAUAAACCCCAGGUUAUUCAACUUCAUAGCAGAGUUAGAAUGGGUGCACAAGAUGAGGAAAGACUUGGAAUGGAUGCGACGAUACCUCUGUGCUUGUGCAGAUGGCACAAACUUAUUAUCACCGUUAUUUGUGCAACUUGGGGACGUCAACAAGAAGUACAGCAUGAGUCAUUUGCAAGCUAUUAACGAUGGGUCUUUAGAGACACAGUUAACGGAGCUAACGGAAGUGUGUCGGUCACAUAUAACGAGCUGUGAUCUUUGUUCUGGGAAGGGGUACCUUUGUGAGGUAUGUAAGAAUAACGAGGUUUUGUAUCCGUUUGACAGCGGAGCUUUGAUGUGUGAUAAGUGUAAUUCCAUGUAUCAUAGAGGUUGUUGGCUACGGAAAGGGCAGAAGUGUCUUAAAUGUCUUCGAUUAGAGGAACGGAAGAAGACCGUUGACGAAGUGCAAACUGAAAUAACGGACACAUUAGAAUAUGACAUUGACAAAUUUGUAAAUUAA